CUGUUGUGUAACAAAAACAGAUAUAUCCUUGUUACUUGUCCUGUUUUAUGGAUUUAAAAAAUAGAAUUUCCAAAAUGUGUUGCUGUCAGAGGUGAGACGACGCCACCGUUCUGCGCAUGUGUGAGUCAAACCGAGCUGAGCGCGUGCACCUGUUGGCGCCACUUAUAAUCAGGUAAUUGCGGCAGAAAGUGACGGAUGUGGGUAGACGAGCUGCAGCAGUGGCUGGCUUCACGCUGUAUUACAGAAGUAUAACUGAACACAGAAUUAAUAAGAAGUUGAUCCAAACGUGCGAGUCGUCCCUCACCAGUAGUGCUGAUCCGACAGAGGCUUCAGCCAUGAAUCCUCCAGCCACCAGAGAGGAGGCAACCCCGCCAGAGCACUACCUGCCAAGACCAUCAGCAGCAGGAGGUGGAGGUUUGUAUCUGGAUGCCUAUGAGGUCUCUUUUCCUCUGGAGGAGAGUAUCGAGAGACCACCUGCAUAUCACGUGAACCAGGGCCAUCAGGUGAUGGACGAGCCUGGGGUGCAGGAGUCCCCUCAUUCUCCAUAUAGCCCUUUCAUCCUGGUCUCUAACCUGCGAGCUCACCUGUACGUCGCUCUGGAGAAGAACGUCUGGCUGCAGAAGCGCAUUGAGGAGCUGGAGGAGGAACGCAACUUCCUGCGCUGUCAACUGGACCGCUUCAUCGUCAGCAUGAGGAGUCCGGAGGUUACAGAUUGGUGUGCAGAUGCCCAGCGUGCCGUGAAGCUCCAGCCUGCCAGCCCUCCCUCCCCUCCAUCCCCCAUGACCACCAGGUCUGGAAUGACCCUCAAACGCCUACCGGGGGCUGGGUCUCGGACCCGCCGCAGCACUGCCGUCCCUGUUAAACAGGAGUUUCAUCUGGAGGAGGAUAAAUACUACACUGAGGAUGAGUACCUGGAAGAGGAGGAGGAGGAAGAUGAAGAUGAAGAUUCAUCAGUGGAGAAGGGCUCAAAGAAGAAGAGCAGAGGGCGAGCCGGUGGAGAGCCGAGGAUGAAGAUGAGGAGGAUCUUCAGGAUCACCCACGGGAGGGAGAGGCAAAGAGUUAAAGACCCAGACGGGGUUCUGAUCCGUUACAAGAAGAUCCUGUCCACAUACCAGCGGGUGAGGAGCAUGUCCCGAGCCUUCCAGAUCCACGGAGUCGACCGAAACACCAUGGCCUCCACUUCCCCCAUCGCCGAACUGCUGCUGGUGGCUCCAGAGAAGGUGUCAGAGGUUGGGGAGUUUGAUGCUUCGAAGGAGAAACUUUUGGAUUACGCCCGCCGCUGCUACAAGACCAUGGACGACCAGACACACACCAAGGUACAGGCCAUGAAGAAGACUCACAAGCUGCUGCCGAUCUCGUACAGGUUCAGAAACUGAGAAGCAGGAUGGCGGAGGGAGAAAACAGUCAAGGGAAUGGAUUAAUUUACUGUGAAUACAGCGGUGGAUUUUUGCCAUCAAGCUGCUUGAUUUAUGUAAAUGUGUGAUUUUGUUUAUCCCCUUCCUUUUAUUUAUUGUGCAGGUUUUUCCUCUUUUUUUGUUGUAUUUCACAUUGUGGUUUUCAUUUACCUCAAUAAUUACACUGUACCUUAACUAGAAGAUGCAGUAUGUUGUGAAUAACAAUGUCCUUGAAAACAAGCAGACUGAUUUUUUUUUUUCUCAUGCCUGCAAACAUUUAAUAUAGCAGGUAUGAAAGUAGUCAAGGACUAAAUGUGUCAUUUACGACAAAGAUUUGUGAAGUAUAUUUUGCUGUACCAGUGUUUACAAAUGGCAGAUAAUUUAUUUCAGCUCCUUUUUUCUAUUAUAUGAGAGGGAAUUAAGUAUGUUCUUCAUCGUUGACUCGGUUUUAUACUUGCUUUCACACUGAACAAUACAUGCUCAUACAUCUCGUGCCUAAUUUACACAGUUGCUUAAGUUAGUCACAUGGCCAUAUUGAUGAUGCUAUAUUUUUGAAAUAUGUGAUAAUAGACUAUGUAAAAUACAGUAUAUGGAAUGCAAGCAAGUAAAUUCACUUAAAUGCAUGAUUGUUUGGGUAUUUUUGUACAUUCAGGACUCGGUUCAUGAGACAUGAAAAGUGAGAAGCUCUUUGAGUCCAGCUCGCAAAAGACAAUAUUAGAGUUAACACCACAGAUGGGUUGUUAGCUCAGGAAUAAUAUGCACUAAACUCGAUUAUGAGUUGCAAGGAUUUAGCA